AUGCGUACUGGAUUCACAACUUUGAUUUACAGACAACUUUUAAAAAUUAACCCGUCACAGGUUGAUGGUGGCAAUAUGAUAAAUCUGAUAACCAGAGAUGUGAACGAAUUUGAAGAAGCCAUCUAUAACAUAACCAACAUGAUCAGGGACGUAUGCAAGCUUGUGGCAGUAUGUUGUCUCCUAUAUUUAGAAAUUGGAUGGUUAUUUGUUUUGCUCCCUAUAAUCAUUUUUAUUAUCAUGUUUGUCAACACAUGUAUAGCAAUAGUAGUGAAAAAACUUAAAUUGAAAUCUUUGAGUAAAACUGAUGAAAGAUAUCAAACAAUCAAAGAAGCGCUAAGUGCUAUAAAGGUCAUUAAAAUGAACCUUUGGGAAGAAAGUUACGAAAAGAGAAUUGCUAAAAUCAGAAAUGACGAAGUCCGGCUUAUACGGAAUAUAAAUAUACUACUUUUUCUAAAAAUGGUAAUUUCUGAAUCAAUUCACAACGCGUCGUGGUACAUAAUAGUGGCAGCAUCCAUUUGGUUUAAGAUCCAAUCAAAUGCCGGCACGUUAUUUCUUAUAAUGAACAGUCUAAAUGAUAUUUCUCGUGCUUUAAAAUAUAAUUUUCCAAAAGCGAUCCAUGAAGUUGCUACAUUGAUUGCUGUGUUUAAACGAAUCGGACAAACACUUCGAAUUGAGAGUGAACAAUCACUAAACCUAGAAGACAAUAAGCUUCCACCGAGAAUUAAACUUGAUUUAAAAAUUCAGACUUCCCAUAACCAUAGGUGUGAUUUUGGAAAAGGGGUAACAGCAGUAACAGGACCGCUUGGCAGUGGCAAAAGCCUUGUGUUAAAAGCCCUCACAAAAGAAUACAAAAAUGUUGAAGGCGAUUUAGAAGUCGUCGGAAGCAUUUCUUAUGCAUCUCAAGAACCCUGGCUUUUUCCAUCGACCAUCAAACAAAACAUCUUAUUUGGAAGCAGUUACGACGAAAAUCGUUACUUAGAGGUUUUGCGGGUUUGUGCUCUAACUGAAGACUUACGAUUUUUAGGGGAUGGUGAUUCUACUCUUGUAACUGACGGAGGAACUAAUCUAAGUAAAGGACAAAAAGCUAGAAUAAAUUUAGCGCGAGCUGUUUAUAAAGAACGUGAUAUAUAUUUAUUAGAUGAUUGUCUGGCUAGUUUGGAUGCGAUUACAAAAUAG